UUUUCCAUGUUUAUUUUUCCAUUUUUCUUGGAAAAAUUGAGGAUUGCUUUCAUCUUCUGAUUCGAAGGAGGUGAGGAACAAACAGUCAGAGAUACCGCAGAUUUUUAACCUCACAAUGAUGAUGUUCACGCGGAAAAGCGCUUUUAGAGGUUUUCAACAACAACAAGUGGAAAUGGGUAUUCUUCUUCCUCCUGAUUUCCCUUCUUUCUUAUUCUCCAAUCAUCACCACUUAAACACUUCUACUUGUACUAAGAAACCUUCUUUGCCUCAAAACAAUGGUGGGUUUGUUAGUAAUAACAGCAAUGACAUUGGUAUUGAUGAUGCCAUGGCUUCAUUCUAUCGCAUGAUCCACAUGAACCCUAGGCCUUCUUUUGUGGAAUUGGGCAAAUUCUUAGGGUCCAUUGCCAAAAAGAAACAGUAUUCUACUGUUGUAUCCUUGUGCAAUCAAAUGGAUUUGUUCGGAGUUGCCCACAAUGAUUAUACUCUAAAUAUAUUGAUUAACUCUCUUUGUCGCUUGAGCCAUAUUCAUUUUGCUGUCUCUGUCUUGAGUAAGAUGUUCAAACUGGGUAUUCAACCUGAUUCUGUCACAUUCACUACACUCAUUAACGGGCUCUGCAAUGAGGGGAGGAUUAAAGAAGCAGUAGAGUUGUUUAAUGAGAUGGCUGGUAGGGAUGCCAUGCCAAAUACAGUGACCUUCACUAUUUUGGUUGAUGUACUCUGCAAAAAAGGAAUGGUUUCAGAAGCUCGGUGUGUCUUUGAAACAAUGACUGAAAAAGGUGUAGAGCCAAAUAUUUACACUUACAAUGCUUUGAUGAAUGGGUACUGUUUACGGCUCGAAAUGAAUGAGGCCAGCAAGGUGUUUGAAAUCAUGGUUGGCAAGGGUUGUGCACCUAGUGUACAUAGUUACAGCAUCUUGAUCAAUGGAUACUGCAAGAGUAGAAGGAUAGAUGAGGCAAAAGCAUUACUUGCUCAAAUGUCUGAAAAGGAAUUGAUCCCUAAUACUGUCACUUACAACACUCUUAUGCAAGGUCUAUGCCAUGAAAGUAGUCUUCUAGAAGCGCAAGAGCUAUUCAAGAAGAUGUGUUCUUCUGGCAUGCUUCCAAAUUUGAGGACUUACUCGAUUUUGCUAGAUGGCUUAUGCAAACAUGGACAUUUGGAGGAGGCUUUAAAAUUGCUCACGUCAAUGCAAGAGAGGAAAUUAGAACCUGAUAUAGUCCUUUAUAAUAUUCUUAUUCAAGGCAUGUUUAUUGCUGGGAAGCUUGAAGUUGCAAAGGAACUAUUUUCCAAGCUUUUUGCUAAUGGAAUAAGACCUUCUGUACGGACAUACAAUAUCAUGAUUAAGGGACUGCUUAAAGAAGGGCUGUCAGAUGAAGCAUACAAAUUGUUUCGAAAAAUGGAAGAUGAUGGCUUCUUGCCGGACAGUUGUUCUUAUAAUGUUAUCAUUCAAGGAUUUCUUCAAAAUCAGGACCCGUCAACUGCUAUACAACUUAUUGAUGAAAUGGUUGGUAGGAGAUUCUCGGCGGAUUCGUCUACAUUUAAGAUGUUAUUGGAUCUGGAAUCUCAUGAUGAAAUCAUAAGCCGAUUUAUGCGUGAAAGCUCUCAAAUUAGAAAAAUGAAGUGAAGAUUUUCUAUUCAAGUGCUGUUGGAUCUGUUUUUGGCAAUAGAUCUCACCUUGCAUUGUGUGUUGACUUGAAUCUAUGUGUACAAACUACUAGGUGUACACUAACCAGUCUUGUUUUCCUUUAGGUGAUGGAUUUUCCAGCUUAAAUUAGUUAUUUCAAGUUUUGAAUUUGGACAUAACAUUGUGACCUCUACUAAUCCUAACGAAUGAAUGAUUCAAAGAAUUGAACUUGACGUUUCUCUUUAUCUUGUGCAAUUGCCCAAGUUACAACAGGUUUUAUUGGAGCUGAUUUGGAUGCGUUGUUCAGAAGGCUGGUAAUGUUUUUGUAGAGAGAAUUGGUUAGCAGGGAGUCUCAUCUAUCCAGAGAAUCUACAGUUUUAGAACACAUGGAGGAUACUACAGUUUUAACAGUUUUCUUGAAGUUGGGGGGAACUCUACUGCACAAGUUCAAGUUCUUUUAUGCAUAUUAAGCGGUCAUUUGCCUAGUACUGGAAUUCAGUUUUUUAUUUCCAGAGUCUGCAAAUUGUUUAUGUUGAUGGCUUCUUGUAUCUAUAAUAUACACUAGCAAAAAAGCCAAAGCCCUGCUUCUCAUUUCUUUGUAUCAAUUAAUGCCUGUUGGGUGCUCAACCGCCCAGUUCUCAGUCUCAGCCUCAAUUGAUACUUGUUGGUGCUGUACAAGGAGGCUUGUCUCUCCACCCCACGUGUAAUACAGAUUGCUUUAACUCA